AUGGCGACUGUCCAUGGCCCAGUGGCUUCGAAGAAGAAGAUCAUGACCUACGGCAAGGCAGCACGCAAACGAGUCCCCGAGCAUGGCUUCACCUCGAAAGCACGCAAGUCCCAGACCCCAGACCGAGAGACGGAGAUCCCACGCAAUGAAGUCACCCGCCGCGCUUCGUCGACCCUCUUGCCACUUCGCACACCCACUCCUCCAAAGGUCAAGCCGGUCCGGCCACGAUCGCGGUCUCGGACGCCAUGUGCUAGACGGCAGGUUGACAUAUUCGAUGCACCCGAGAGCGAUGACGAGGCGCCAGCACCAAAGGCACACAAGACAACUACAAGUACGACCAUGAAACAGAUGCCUGCUCCCUUCCGAUCGCACUCAAGAACACCUUCGACCAUUUCACCUUCCAAUGAUAUUUUCGAUGUGCCAUGUUCAGAAGACGACGCGCCGGUACUGAGGCCUAUUCGAAAGCCCGUCUUGAGAGCAGCUGCUCCACCGACCAUGAAACUCAAGUCAAUUCUACGCUGCUCACCAUCGAAGACCCCCUCCCCACCAGCUCCGGCGAAGGACAUUUACGAGAUUCUCAGCGACAUUGAAGAUGAGGCGCCGAAGCCAGUUCAGAAGAUAGCUAAGGCCAUCAAAAGCAAGGAGCAGAAAGUUUUGUCAGUUCUCUCAAUGUCGGCUCCAGCAGUGACGCCCAAAAAAGAUAUCUUUGACUUCCCAAGCGACGACGAGGGAACGCCCACAACAAAGUCGAUUUUCAAAGUUAGCAAGACAAUCCCACCGAAUGGAGAUGCCAAAUUGAUCCACAAGCCUCCGACGGGAGGGCAAGGCGUCAGAAAGAAGUUAAAGCUGACUCCAGUUGAGCCACAAGUGAAGCGGUUACCAGCCAACAAUCCUCGACCCGUCCCUGGAUCACGAAUCGCCAAGCCCAGACCUCGAAACAUUUCGCCCAAAGGAAACCCCACCAAAUCAGUCGCCAGAACUAAGGUGAAGGUCUCUACCGAGAAGGAAAUUGAAGCGCCGAAGACGCCCAGUAGGCUGAGCCUGACCCUAGAACCUACUACACCUCCGGUGUCUCUGAGUGACGUACACAUGGCAGAUGUGGACCCCAGUGGACGACAUAUUUCCCCGCAUAGUAUGAAAAUGUGGCAGAACUUGUUGGGAUCUGAUGACAAUGGAGAAACCAGUACUGGGGUCGAUGGCGAUACGACUGAGGUGGAUGGUGGUACGAUCGUGACGACCAAGGCUGCGAAAUCAGAAACCAGAAUUCGGAGUCUUUUGUUAAGACCCGCUGGAAUUUCCAAGCCCGGUCGAAGAAAUGCUCCAGAUCCUCCUCGGCGACGAUUGAUUGACUCCCUGGUUGAGCAGGCGGCUGAUUCUUCUGGUGACCACUCUGAUGAUUCUGACGAAAUCUCCGCUUUGGAACUCUCUGGUGACAUGGAUACUGUUAUGCAGGAUGCGUCAAAUAGCCAAAACACCCUGGCGUCAUCUUUUUCUGAAAGCCAACCUUCGCAGACGAUGGGCCCGAAAUUCACCUACGCCAAACAGCGGUCAAUGUUAAACGAGGAGGACCUCAUGGCGCAACUUUCUAUAGAAAUUCCCGCGAUGCCUGCUCAGACGGGAGGAAGAAGAGGCCGUAUGAUAGCUAUCCCAAGCCUCAAGCAACUUUCGAGCUUCAAAGAGGACGAAGAUGAAGACUCAGUAGCUGCGAUUCGGAGUGUGCACGAAUUGAGACAGGCAGGUGCCAACAAUCGUUUCCUUGAUGAAGUUCAAGACUACUUGGAGCGUAUUGGUUCACCGGGAAAGUCCAGCGUUUCGAUGAGAAGAUCUGGAUUGUUGGAUUUGGCCAGUAAGAUGCAGAACAAGAACUUCUUGCGCCAAUUCCGACAACACGGCACUGAGCAAAAGCUGUUCAUGCAUCUCGGUAAGGAAACAGAGAUUGUUUCUGGUUUCCUGAUGGUCACAAUCUUAAUCUCGCUUCUCCUUGAUGGCAACAUGCCUCAUAUUGUGGACCAUCUCCGACGUCAAGGUAUCACUCGAUUACUCAUCCGCCAACUCGAGUGCCAAUCUGGUAUUGUUGCGGUUGCAAAAGCUCGAGAGAGCAACAUGUCGAAGGUUGCUAUCACUUUAGUGUCGGAAUAUCAGGAUUACCUCGUCAAGUUGCCCUCUCCUGCAUGGGAUGAAGUCCAGUUGCAAUCUCUUUCACCACGCACCGCGGCAUUGAGAUGCUUGGAAUUGAUGGUUCGGCAGACACGAGAAGCUGGUAGUAUGAAUGACCUAUUCAGUAAGGAGCUUACGGCAAACCUCUUCGCCAUAGUGAACACCGCCACCGAUCGCUCAUGGAAUCUACCGAAGGAGGAGGCGGCGAUUGACUUUUACUUUGCCCUAUCGGCAUUAGACUUGCACUCAAUCGGCGCCAGAACAGCUUUCGACGAGACGAUCUGGAUCAGAGAGUUCUUGCCCAUUGUUUCCAAGACUCUACGAGCAGGAAUGGCCCGACCGCUCGAAGAAUUUGGAAUUCUGCAAACUCUCAUCCUCAAGUUGACUCUCAACGUCACCAAUAACAACCCUCGAGCUUCCGAUGUCUUCGCACAACCACCACUGAUGGCGGCUAUGGGCCAGGUAGCAGUGACCAGACUCGACCAAAUCUCCCGCUUCAUGAUCGAGGACGAGCUUUCCGUGGCCGUCGACUACUUGGUCCUUGUCUUGGGCGUCAUGAUCAACUUUGCGGAAUGGAGUCCAGCAUGCAGACAAAGUCUCCAGAGCUUGCAGGGCUCUGACGGUGAUCCUCUCGACGCCAUGGUUGCUGCUUUCUCACAUAGCCUGGAGCGCACUUCUCAGGCCGACUCUGUUCACGAGACUCAGAAAAACGUAGCCUUCGGAUACCUUUCCGUCUUGCUCGGCUUCUUCUCUCAGCUACCCGCUCUCUGUGACCGCAUCGCGGCUAAGCAACCCGGAAAAUCCCUCAAGACCGUCAUUGCAGCCAUUGAGGAGUUUGUGGGCCACUUCAAGGUGGUUGAUCUCAUCGCGGUCGAUGAGGAGGGUCAUAAUCCGCAGCAUGGGCUGACGGAGCGGCUGGAAAAGUUGGUUGGGAGUUUGAAGGCAUUGAAAAAGUAA